UCAUUGUGUGGAUUGAUGAUUGGGCGGUGUAAAACUGGCAACUUCUCGCACCCGCAUGUCCGCGCCCGGCUGGAGAAGCACAUGGGCUCCAACCUGGUGCGGCUCACGGACAAGGCCUUCAUGACGGAGCUGGAGGAGAGGAUCCGCGCCGUCAAUGAGGAGAACCUCAACAAGAGGAUCACUACGCGCGUGAUGGACGAGAUGGAAAGGCUCAAACGACUAAUCCUAGUCGGGAAGACGCCACUCAAAGAAUGUCCACCAGAAUUGUUCCAUCAUCCAGUGUUCGUUUUUUGGCGAAUGGUCAACCGGGAAGUUAAUCGCGCUUCCAAGAAACGGGCUGACAUUUACUAUAGGAAAUUGAAGGCUGCUCAGAAGUUGGACCUGUCCAUGGGUGAAGAGCAAAUACACGAAGAAGAAGUGAAAGGCAAGGAGCUGACACCGGAGCAACUCCUCGCGAAAUGCCGUGAGGAGAUGGAACAGCAGACGCAAUUGGACAUUGAAAAAGGCGUACGCUUCACAGAAGAACAGUUUGCUCAACUGAAAUACGAAACAAAUGACAUUAAAACGCUGAAGAAUCUCUCGACGGUGGAGGAGUUGUACGCUUUGGCAGAUAAGAUUAUUGGAACCAAACGUCUGUAGGAUUUUUUUUUAAUUUUUAAGAAUAAUUUAUUCAUAGCGUGAUGUACCUGAAUCAAUAAUAUAUACGUAAUAUUUGGUCGUUGGCUGAUCUACGUCGUAAUAUUAUAUCAACAAUAAUGUCUCUUUACGAGAUUCAAUAAACAUUGUAAACUUCAACGCAACGUAGUGAAAGUAAGCAACAUGUUUUGUAUUUAAUAAAUAUCCAUGAAAAAUUA